UUGUGUGAGACUUUAUUUUAAUAUAUUUAACAUGUAUGAAUAGGGCAAUUAGUGUGAUCGGAGUGAAUGGUAUCUAAUUUCUUGCGUGACAGCCACAGAAUUUGAGCCUUCAAAAGCGCGCAGUUUGGAAACACUCUUGUGAACCUCAACAGUUUUCUUCGCAAACUCGAGAAUGGGCAACAGGUCAAACCAGAAACAGCCAAAGGAAGAAACUGUUGAUAAGGCAACUCUUAGAAAUGGAGAGCUGCCCACGAGGAUAUUCGAGGAGAGGGACUCGGUGCUAACGGAUCUUAUGGGAAAUAAACAUAUCCUAACCAUAUACCACAUCUUCAUAGCGCUGCAUCUCGGAAUCGCCAUAAAUUCCAUCGCGCACGAUUAUAUUUUGAAAAAUGAAAUACGACUGGGGUUUGACAUGGUCUACACCGGCUUCAAAGGGUUUCACGUAUUUGUCGUUUUUUGGCUAUGUGCGUUUGUGCUGAGCUUGUUACCGUACUACUGCGUUCAGUAUUGGAAUAGAAUCAGAAUACAAUUGAAAUCAAACGCUCUGUUACUGUACACGUGGGAUAGAAUUUGGUUGCUGAGCUACAUCGUCUACAUAUUCGCUCUGCUGGUUUUUGCAACAACAGUCGCAGUACACUACGAGUUAGGCUUCGCCUCAGUUGUCUGCAUGCUAUGCGAACCGGUAAGGAUGAUAAUGAAAACGCACGCAUUCGUCCGGACCAUCGCACCACGCUGCCUGGCGUAUACCACCGAGAAGCAGAACAAAAAAGUAUUUUUCCCCAAGCUCUCACACUAUCUCUACUUUUUAUUUGCCCCAACUCUAUUGUACAGAGACAACUAUCCUAGAUCACAACGCAAAAUACGAUGGGGCUACGUCCUAAGGAUGUUUAUGGAGGUGGCCGGCGGUGCCUUCUUAUACACUUUCAUCAUCGACAAGACGUUUCUGACGGAUUUCAGAGAGUACGGACUGAAACCGUUCACUCCCGGUGAAAUUCUCCUCAAAAUCCUUAACAACGCGUUCUACGGAAUGCUGACCAUGCUACUAAUGUGCUACCUCAUCCUCCACGCAUGGCUAAACGCGUUCGCCGAAAUGCUACGGUUUUCGGAUAAAUUAUUUUACAAGGAUUGGUGGACGUCUAUUAAUUACGCCAGGUACUAUCGGACGUGGAAUAUGGUGGUGCACGACUGGUUGUACACCUACAUCUACAAAGAUUUUUACGAAAUUGUGAUACCGAAGAGGAAAAUUCUCGCCAAGCUGUCCGUGUUUUUCAUAUCGUCACUGUUUCACGAUUUCAUCGUUUCGGUAGCAGUAGGAUACUUCAUACCUGUUUUUCUGGUAUACUUUUUCUUGUUUGGAUCGUGCGUAAGCCUCGUUAAGCCACCAAAUACGCUUAUCGGAAAUGUGUUCUUACUGUACAGUAUAGCGCUGGGUGCUAGUAUGAUGCUAUCCACGUAUUCUAUGGAGUACUUUGCAAGGGUAAACUGCGCAAGAGAAGAACCCAGCCUUAGAUAUUUCUUUACGCCUAAGAUACUUACUUGUUUUAAGUAAAGUAGCUCCUAAUUAAACUUUAACGUGAGUCGUUGUAA